GUGUCCUCGACGAGUCAUGCGAACCCGUGGAUCAUCGGUGGCAACCCUGUUGCUUCUUGUUGUUUACCUGACGACACGAGUGGACAGUCGAACCACCAAAUCGAAAAGACCGGUGCCAACAGCAUCGCUGAACGAGAAUGAUGACGAUCAGAAGAACGCCAAUGGGAGGAGGAUCGUUCCAGUGGCUCUCGAUCUACAGGUAGAUCAAACGGAAUUGUUGGUGUUAAACAUGGACGACUUGAAGGACGUGGAGAACAUCCAGGACGCCAUGUCGGUGAUCGGGUACGAGCCGCAGAAGGUGAACACGAAGAGGAAACGAAAGAUCGAGACUGGUUCUGACUCUCGAGCCUUGAACAGUCACACAACGAUCGCAACAGCUCCGGAGAUCGAUCUCCUCUACUACGAAAUCCCCCAAAUCAAGAAAUCCGUAGUGACGCCACUCUAUCCCCAAAAAUCCAGCUUCGAGAGCCUCCACAAGCAGAACGCCAGCGACUUCGAGUACGUCUACCCAGUGGCGUCGGUCAGACAGGCGAAGCAGAGGUUCCCCAAGCUGCAGUAUCCAGUCUCCUCGGCGCCAUCGGAAGACCCGAAACCGAAGGCCUCGAUAUUUCCAAAGCUCGCAAGCCAUCGUAGACCAUUUUCGUCAGAAUCGCUAAGACCUUCGACUCCAUCUCCAGUUCGCACCACUCCCACAAUCGUCGAAGCACUUUCCACCAUAUCAACGCGGCGAGGAAGAGCCCGCAAACGUGUGGAGAAAGCUCCGAGCCACCAAGAUGCUUCCAAGAGCAACGACGGCAACAAUUACCCCGUCAUUGACGCGUCGAGGGCGCGCAGCGCGAUUCACAGCGAGGACGAACGCAAGGCUAGAAGGCCGGUAGCUAAGCCGGACAUUGCGCCAAGGUCGUUUGCCAGGUCGCCGUUAGUUAGACUAAACCAGGAAGGCAGUUUAGAGAAGUUGGCGGAUCAGGGCGCGACCUUGACAAGGCGGGCUAACAGUCGAAAUCAGUGGAACGCUUUGAGAGGCAAUGUUGGAGAGCCUAACAGCCACUCCGAGGUAGCCGAGGCUGCCAAGGGUGCUGGACCUCCCUCGAAUAGGAGACUGUACGAGAGGAAGAGCAGAAGACAGCGUCCCAGCGUUCAGGUGAUCAGGAACGACGAGGCUGCUACCGAAAGAUCGAAGGAGUCCGAGAGCUUCAAGGUUACCACGCCUGUUCCCUACACAACUGAGAAGCCUGUUGCUAGAGAAGAUGCGAAUGUUAGACCUCUUCAGACCAAUUAUGGCCCUGAGGAAGCUACCAGGACACUGUCGGUGGCUCCAACGAGUCUAGACGGCUACCAGAACGCCCAGACUCCCGACGUCACUGUGUCCUCCGGCGGCCUUUCUUCAACUGCUGUCCCCUUCACAUCGCUGAGUACUUAUUAUAGCAAUCCAGGGUAUUAUUACCAGCCAACGUCGACGACAGCCUCGGUUAGGGACUACGAAGUCAGCUCAGCUAGUCCUUGGAAGAGCAACUUGAAGGAGAGAGAUGUUGCUGGUGAUCGAGAGGUCGAUGGCGUUGCCGAUGCCACCGGCGUCGCCGAUGAGGACUCGGGCGAGGCGGCGAGCAAGAUGGAAAAAGAGGAUCAUUAUCAGACGCGGUCGGAUGAUGGGAGCAGAGAGGAUAGUCGCGAGGCAAGUUCAGAUGCCAGCACCGAGCUGGGCCGCAGUGAUGAAGGGGAAGGUGAUAUUGAGGCCGAGAGCACCCACGUGUCUUUGCACAAGGAUCAACGUCAUCAGGGUGAUAAGGGGAGUGCAGGGCACGGUGGUGACGCAGCUGCCACCGGAAGUGGAGGCAAUGGCGAGGUCGAGAUGGGCGGGGACGAGGAACGAUCGGAAGGGCAUAAGGAUGAGAAGGGGGAGAAGGGGAAGAAGGGCUACAAGAGCAGACACGAGCACGAGAAAGCCAAUAAAGGCCAUCACGACAAGGAGAAGAAGAGCAGUUAUUUCGACGAGAAGGAAGGCAAGGAAAAGAAACAUGAUGACGAGGGUGGAUAUCACCAGGAGCAUCAACGCGGCGAGAAAGGGGAGAAGGGCUCCGAGUACGAUGAAAAGGGCGACCACCAAAAGGGUUACAGCACAAAGGGACAACAUACUGUACAUAAGAAGGACGAGUUCGAGAAGUACACCGAGUUCUUCGACGAUUUCAACGAAGACGGCGAGACGGAGAAGGAGGGCGAGUCCCACCAUGAUCACGAAACGAAGAAGGGCGGCAGCCAUAAGAUUAGCCACCACGAUAUGAAGGACGAGAAGGAGGCGCACGGUAAGGAGACGAAGUUCGAGAAGGGUAAGGAGUACAAUUUGAAGAAGGGUCACAAGGAAUCCGAGGGUCAGGACGGUCACCACAGUCACAAGGUCGUCCAUGGGGAGAAGGGCAGCCAGGAGGCCAAGAAGAGCAGGUCGCACAGCAGUGGCGACGUCGGAGAGAGUAAAAGUGACCAUAAAUCCCGUUAACUUUGUUCCAACUGAUACCAUCUUCCCCACGGAUCAAUUAUCAUCGAUGAUUGUUUUGCUGUUCAUAAAGCCUCGCAUUUGUUAGCACGUUCAGUGCCGCAUCGGUCAGAUCAUGAUCGGUAACAUUAAUUUUUGAGCAACAUCGAAAGUUCAUUUUCGUCGUAAUUAUGUUCGAACAAGCUGAGUUUGACUAGGAUUUGUGAACUGAAUUUGUGAUCAAUUUUAACUUUCAAGUUUCGGUUUAAUUAAUCAAAUUGCUUUGAUUUUGAAGGAAUUUUAGCGGUCGAUUGUCGGCGCUGAACGCGCUAAUCAACCGCAAGCUGAGAAAGGCUCGCAGUUUUUGCGUUACGAAUCGCGAGCGUUGUUGAUAAUAAUUAUAUUUGCGAUUGUUGUACCAUAGUUACGGUUGUUAAUAUUAUUUGUCAUGAAAAUAACAAAUCUGUAACGAUUGUUGAACACUGACGGGGACGUGUUCUCGUCAGAACAGCGAACAGCGCCGGAAAGUUCCGACGUCUCGGCAAAUUGGAUCGAACGUAAGAUGGCGUAGCCGACACAAAAUGGCCGUCCACAGUGUUGCCAAGCUUCUAUCCACUUUUCCGCUUCGAAACGGAGUUACGAAAGUGGAAUUGGCUCGAGUUUUCUAUACGGACACGCUCGCAACUAUCGACAGGAGAAGGACGGAAGAACUUUUCGACAGAAACAACAUCUCGCGAGCGUUUAAACGGUUAAACAAUCUUCGCCGCUGUGCGACGGUCGACGCUUCGCGGUCGUUCAGCGACACGGCCCGCCGAACCGCAGUAAUUUCUCCCUAAUUCGCGCUCGGAUUGCGCU